AUGCUAUUAGCCUAAAGGAAGGUUAAACAAAAUAAAAUAUGACAUGAGGUAAAAAAAAUUUACUUAGGGAAAAAGAAAGAAAAUAUGUGCUGUUACGAUCAUUCCCUUAGUUUUUGUAUGGGGCAGUAGAGUUGAAAAUUAAACACAUUGCAGUCUGGGCAAAAUCAAACAUAGAUGCCAUUGUGCAGUUGCUGACUCAUUUGACCCAACAUUACAACCUAAAAGAGUAGGGGCAAGUACACAGCAUUGCUUCAUACCAUUUUCUAUUGGGAAGUGAUCAGACAGGACACUGUUGUGUCUUAUCCGGCCUUUCAGUCCCACAUGAAAUUGCUUGAGAAUAGAUAGGAAUGUAAGUGGGCAUCUGAACCUGGUCAAAAUCCUCCAUAAGCCAUCAUGACUGACCAUGUCAAAAGCUUUGGUGACAAAGGCAAUGUAUAGGUUUAUUAGAAAAUACCAUUCUUUCGAUAGCAGAUAAUGACUUGUCAGUCAGCAUUUGGGUCAGUUACUGACUUAACUAGCACAUGAAAUGCCUCCCCCCCCCCUCCCAUUUUUAUUUGUCUUUUAGAAGCUUGCAUGGAUCAUUGUGUUUAUUGAUCAACAGCCAGGUCUGUGCAGCUGCUGUAAUUCAUUGAAUGAGAACUUGUCUUCUUCAUUGACUAUUGAUAGCCUUGUUGUGAAAUGAUACCCUCCCUUUUCAAGAUCCAUCUCAUACCACCUGUUGUUUUUGUGUGUGUGUGUUUAUUAUUGGCUUUAUUAUUUAUUUCAUUUUGCUGCUACUAUCUAGUUUUGUUUUACUGAGUAUCAAUAGAUGGGCAUUUUAUUGAUUUUUUUUUUUUUUGUGGCAAGGUGACAAUUUUUUUUUUUUUGCCUUUACAUACUUUCUGUAUGCUGUUGUGCUAUAGUAAUUAAUCUCUUGGAUGAUUGAGUAAACUCUGAUUUUGGUUUUCUAUGGGUCUUUUUUUUCAAAUGUCUUGGGUGAUGUGGUUUCUUUAUUUUUGAGAAAGGAUUGAACUGGACUAGAACUUUGAACUCUGGAUUGGAGGCUCAUUCAACGUCUCAGUCAUUGCUUGACAUGAUUAUGUAUGCUAGUUAGAUAUUUAAAACCUUCUGACAUUGAUGGAUUAGGGAAAAAAAAAUCUAGCGUGAGCUUUAAAAGCAGAGAGAUUAAAAUAUAAAAAAAAGAGACUAAAAUGUCUCCUCUACUGGCUGCAGUUUUUGCCUUGCUCCUGUACUUGUUAGUUCGGCUCCUGCACAUCACGACGCCCGCCUCUGCCCCACUCAUCUACGCAAAAGAUAGAUCAUCUCAGUUUGUACAAUCAGUGUUAACACUAUGUCCAAUUUUACAGCAGCCUUAUUUUCCUCCUCUCUUGUGGGGCAAAAGUGGGCACGUCCAGACUGUUUUGUAUGCCAAGAUGGGACGAGUCAAUGUGCCAGUACCCAAUGGCAUUAGACACAGCAUACUCUUGGUAGAUGGGGCCACACUAACCUUUGACCUACACAAGCCUAAAGUGCCACAUAAAAGUGGAGAAUCCUAUUGCCUAUUGAUCUGCCCUGGUAUUGGCAACAACAGUGAGUCUCACUACAUGAGGACACUCGUGGACUAUGCCCAGAAGAAUGGAUACAUCGCUGUAGUUUUGAACCACAUUGGCUCACAUAAAACUAUCCCCCUCACAGCUGCCAGAAUUUUUACUUAUGGUGGCACAGAAGAGCUACACUUGGUUAGGAAAGAAGUGGAAAAGCUGCUCCCAGAAAGCAACAUCAUCUUGGUUGGCUGCAGCAUGGGAGGAAACAUUGUUGUCAAGUAUCUGGGGGAGAACAGAGAGCACCAGGAAGGUAUUUUAGCAGCAGUGUCCAUUUGCCAGGGAUAUGAUGUUUUAAAAGCUAAACCUCUACUGCUAUCAUGGUAUAACUUACGACGAGCGUACUUGUAUGUGAUGACAAGGAACCAGAAGAACUUGAUUCGCAUUCACAAGAAACAGCUACUGAGUGAUGAAAUCAAAUGCAAAUGUGACAUUGAUGAAAAAAAAGUUUUUUCUUCAAUCACUUUGGAGCAGCUGGAUGAAGCAUUUACACGGAGGUUCCAUGGAUGCGAGACCCUGGAUGAGUAUUAUCAACGUAACAGUUGUGGGGCUCAUAUAACUAAUAUUAAGAUUCCUCUUCUUCUGGUCAAUGCUGAAGAUGAUCCUAUUGUUCCGCUGGAUCUGUUGGAAUGUCCCAAAACGGCAGCCGGUUUGUUGCCAAAUGUGAUAUUUGCUCUGACCAAGCAUGGUGGACAUUUAGGCUUUUUUGAGAAAGGGAUCAUACGUCCUGAUUGUAUAACAUGGAUGGACAGACUAAUAGUUGAGUACGCAGAUACCAUAGUGACACUCCACAAAGAGGGAGUGCUGCCCCUAAGUGGUGGAGACUGCACAAAGUCUGCUUUGGAUGGCUUAAUUGAUGGCCACCAUGGACUUGACAGCCCGACACACCCAUUAAGAAAGGAAGGUGCAGAUGACCAAGUCGUGUCACAGUCAGUUGAAAAUGUUGACUCAGUGACAGAUGACUUAGUUUCAUAUCCACUGCUAAAUGGAUACAUAGAUGUGAAACACUAAGUUUGUGCAAGUGGUUGGGAAUACAUUUAGACAGUAAUAACAUUUUGAAGAAGUAACUUCAGUCAUUAUGAUCAGAAACCGGUGAACAAAAAUAUAAACACAUUCUAGAAUCUUUUUUUUUUUAUACAAAAUAUUUAGAAAAAAGGGAAAGAUUUUUUUUUUUGCAAAAUUGAAAUGAAUCUCAUAUUUUUUUAAAGCAAAGAUUUGACAAAAAUAUAAGAUUAAAAAAAAAUAGUUAUCUGAUAAAAAUUUAAAAGAAAGUCAAACGUGUUUAUUUUUCAACUAAAUGAGAUAAUUCUUGACCAAGUUUUUAUCAUUUUGUAUGGGUCCAAAUAGUUCAUUAUUCAAACUAAUGCCAUUUUUUUACCAUAAUGUCUGAUUAGAACUUCUUAUUCUAAUUUCACACUAUUAUUAUUAUUAUUUUUUUUUUUUGCUAUCAUACUAAGAGCUGGUUUAGAAGCUUUUUAGGAUAAUGUGCCUUUUCAAAAUCUUACUUGACUGUCUUCUAGCUAAAGCUACACUAAUGAGAAACUGUCAGUUGAUUGGUAAUAUGAAUGAAUGGUUUAUAUUUGAUCUUUUUUUCCUUUACCUUUCUUCCAACUUUUCUUUGUCAGUUAAAGGCCACUGUUUCCUUGGCACUCAAAACAAACCCAAUGCCAUUUUGUUAGGGCUGUUUGAAUUGAACAAUUUUAAAGCAUUUUCCAAUUUCAAUUCAUUUGCUUGUUUUCUUGACUUUAAUAAAGAAAUAUCAUAUUGCUAAUCAUUUUUUGUAUACAAAUGGCUUAUGCAUACAAAUGGCGUAAAAAAACAAUAUUUAUUUAUAUCAUAGCAUUAUCUUCAACAAAUUUUAUUUAUUUAUUUAUUAUAGUUAUCAGUUUAUUAUGAUCAUUGAAUGCAUUCUAACAGAGCAUUACUUCCUCUGUGAUACUUUUUUUUUUUUAAACUUCUUAAUUGAAACUUCAAAGUAAUGUCAACUUUGAUUUACUAUUCAAUAUUAAUUUUAUCCACACACACAAAAGUUCUGUAAAUGUUUAAAAGAAAAAAAAACAUGAAAAAAUCAAGAACUGCUAUAGAAUCUUUUUCUCAAACAAAAGGGAGAAACCAAUAGUAUAACUUUAAAAGACAUUUAAAAAAAAAAAAAAUUUUACUUGAAGAAAGUAAAUACUUCUUCCACCUUCUAUUUUACUUCUAUUCAUUUGAUCAAAACCUUUUGAAAUAAGAAACUUUACAUUGCAGAAUUGAAAAGAAGCAAAAACAAUGUUUUGAACAUCAGUUAAAUGUUUUCUUGUUGAGUUAGCAUUUCUUUAACUAAAUAAGGUGAAGCUGAAUGAGGAGUUUGAACAUUAUAGUCAAAUUCAUGUGGUGCUUUUUGUAACAUAUCAUUUUGAAUUGAAAGCGAUAUUAUUUAGUUCUUAAUAAUUGUGCAACAGGUUUUUAAAACAAUGUCAAAGUGUGUGUGUCCGCUUUGAAACUGUUUGUUUAAAAAAUGUAUUGAUAAUAUGUAUUUUAAUGAGUUAAAGGAUGGAAGUAGAUAGAAUCAGAUAAUGAUCAUUUCAUUGGGUUAUGUUGAUAGUGCAUUGUGCAUUAUACCAGAGAGGGUAGUUGGUAAUCUCAAAUCAUCAUUAAAAAAAAGAUUAUUCAAAUUUUUUCCGAUUAGACAUUGCACAAAGAUGUUGGUAACCAGGUCAUAAAGGCUCUAGAACUAGCAUAUCAUCUGUACAACAGAAGAAUAAAUAAAAAUGUGAAUGAACCUAUUUAAGAAAUAAGGGUAGUUUAUUUAAUGUUGAUGGUUCAGAUUUCUCUGAGAGCUGAAAAAAAAUGUAUUAAAUAAGGUUUAAUUAAAUUCUGCAUGCUUUAUUAUCAGAUUGAGGGUAAGCUUUACAGAAACAAAAGCCAAAAUUUGUAGACUUAAAUGGCAAGAAUGUCCAAACAAGAAAUAUUUAGUAAACAAUUUUGUGGUGAAUGCUUUGUGUAGUUUGUAUGAAUACUGCUCUUUAUUUCCUAUUCUGUUCAAGUGACAUAAUGCCAUUGUUUAUUCUAUUAUUGGGGUGUGUGUGCCAUUUAUCAUUUCUAUGAGAUGAACCAUAGUCGCUCAGCGACAGAAGGAGACCAACUUGUUGUUUAUAUUAAUUUAUAUGUUGGCAUGUGUCUGUCUAAAUGAAAUGGUUUUAAUACUAUUAAAUGUCUAACUAUGUUCCCAGUUAAAGGGAUUUUUUUUUAAUAACCAAAACAAAAAAAAAAAAAAAAUUCACCAAAA